GCCGCCUGCAGGCGGUCCUUGACAAGAUGGCGGCGGCCGGCCCGGCUCCGGGCCUAACGGACGAGCUGGUCUCGUCGGUGACUCUUUACCGCCGUAGGCCUCGGCUCCUUCACGGCACCGUGUUGCCCUUCGUAGCCGGGCUCUACCCGGCCUGGUUGUGGCUUUGGGGGCCGAAGGUGUGGGCGGCUGUGAAGGAGGAGGAGGAUGGAGGACAAGGCCCCGGCCCGGCUCCGCCCGAGGCCGCGUUGUUGGCGUUGGCCGCCAUUGGGGUCGUGCAUCUGCUGACCGCGCUGUCGGGGCUGUGGUCGGUGCACGCGCACUGCGCGCUCACGUGCGUCAGGGAACCCAGCCCUAAGAAAGCCACGCUGGCUAAAGUCGUUCCAACCCCCAACAACGGAUCCGUUGAGCUGGUGCCGCUCCACAGAGACCAGGACGAGGAUGGUCAGGAGGCUCUUUCCUUUGAGUUCCAGAAAAUCAAAUAUUCCUAUGAGAUAAAUGGCAAGAAACAGUUUCUUCCCGUUGCUUUCCCUGUGGAACAUCCUCUGUGUUACUACCAGAACGCCCGGGGCUAUCAGGAAGACAAAGAUAUCCGAGCAGCUGAGAAGAAAUAUGGCACAAAUAAGGCUGAGAUGGUGGUGCCGGAAUUCUUGGAGCUUUUUAAAGAAAGAGCUACGGCGCCGUUCUUCGUCUUCCAGGUGUUCUGUGUGGGUCUGUGGUGCUUGGAUGAGUAUUGGUACUACAGUGUCUUCACCCUCUCCAUGUUGGUUGCAUUCGAGGCUUCUCUGGUCCAGCAGCAGAUGAGGAACAUGUCGGAGAUCCGAAAGAUGGGCAACAAGCCAUACAUGAUCCAGGUCUAUCGAAAUCGGAAGUGGAGACCCAUUUCCAGCGACGAGAUCAUCCCAGGGGAUAUCGUCUCCAUUGGCCGAUCUCCCCAUGAAAACCUCGUGCCGUGCGACGUGCUGCUCCUACGUGGAAGGUGCAUCGUGGACGAGGCGAUGCUGACAGGAGAGUCUGUGCCGCAGAUGAAGGAGCCCGUGGAGGAUCUCAGCCCAGAGCACGUCUUGGACAUGCAGACAGAUGCCAGACUGCACAUUAUAUUUGGUGGAACCAAGGUAGUGCAGCACAUCCCGCCCCAGAAAGCCAGCACGGGGCUGAAACCUGUUGACAAUGGAUGCGUGGCGUACGCUCUGAGGACUGGCUUCAAUACGUCUCAGGGGAAAUUGCUCCGUACAAUCCUCUUUGGGGUGAAGAGGGUGACAGCCAAUAACUUAGAGACCUUCAUCUUCAUCCUCUUCCUGCUGGUCUUUGCUAUCGCUGCUGCGUCGUACGUCUGGAUUGAAGGCACCAAAGAUCCCAGCAGGAAUCGCUACAAGCUCUUCCUCGAGUGUACAUUAAUCCUGACGUCUGUUGUUCCACCUGAACUUCCCAUCGAGCUCUCUCUGGCCGUCAACACCUCCCUCAUCGCUUUGGCCAAGCUCUAUGUGUAUUGUACGGAGCCCUUCCGCAUCCCUUUUGCGGGCAAAGUGGAGGUUUGCUGCUUUGACAAGACAGGAACGCUGACCAGCGACCACCUGGUGGUGAGAGGAGUGGCUGGGCUCAGGGAUGGGAAGGAAGUGACGCCCGUCUCUGACAUUCCUAUAGAAACCCACCGAGCCAUCGCGACGUGCCACUCGCUCGUGCAGCUGGAUGACGGGACCUUGGUGGGGGAUCCAUUGGAGAAGGCGAUGCUGACAGCGGUAGACUGGACCCUGACCAAAGAUGAGAAAGUUUUCCCCAGAAGUAUUAAAACUCAGGGACUGAAAAUUCACCAGCGCUUUCAUUUUGCCAGUGCUCUCAAAAGAAUGUCUGUCUUGGCGUCGUACGAGAAGAUCGGUGCUGCUGAUCUCUGUUACAUUGCAGCUGUGAAAGGGGCCCCGGAGACGCUGCAUAAAAUGUUAUCUCAGUGCCCAAGCAACUACCACGCUGUGCACACUGAAAUCUCCCACGAGGGGGCACGAGUGCUGGCCCUGGGCUACAAGGAGCUGGGGCACCUCACUCACCAGCAGGUGCGAGAGAUGAAACGUGAAGCUCUGGAGUGCGACCUUCGCUUUGCUGGCUUCAUUGUGGUUUCCUGCCCUCUCAAAACAGACUCCAGAUCCGUCAUCAGGGAGAUCCAGAACGCGUCGCACCACGUAGUGAUGAUAACAGGAGACAACCCUCUGACCGCCUGCCACGUGGCCAGGGAGCUGCACUUCCUCCAGAGGGAACACACACUCAUUCUGCAGCCCCCUGCCAGCAAAGAUUCCGCCUGGCAAUGGCAAUCCAUCGACGGCACCAUCGUGUUCCCCAUUUUACCCACCUCCCUGCGGGAGCUGACGCAGCGCUAUGACCUGUGUGUAACAGGGGAAGGUCUCUCUCACCUUCAGGCUCUGAACAGACAGCAGCUGCUGCGGCUCAUACCGCACGUCCAAGUGUUUGCCAGGGUGGUGCCAAAGCAGAAGGAGUUUGUGAUCACUACUUUGAAGAGCCUGGGCUACGUCACGCUGAUGUGCGGGGAUGGGACCAACGACGUCGGAGCUCUGAAACACGCAGAUGUGGGAGUAGCUUUGCUGGCCAACGCUCCCGAGAGGUUGCCUGAGAGGAAGAAGAGGCCUCGGGAUGGUCCCACAGAGCUCAGACCCGCUGCAGUGACGCUGGGGAGCGCAACGGUGAAGCCCACGUCGCGUGGUGCCAAGCACAGGGUCAUGUCCCAGCGAGAGGAGCAGCUGGCCAUGCAAAGGGAGCGCAUCAGUCAGGUGCUGAAGGAUUUGGAGGAGGACCGCGUGCCAGUGGUAAAGCUGGGCGACGCCAGCAUUGCAGCCCCCUUCACCUCCAAGCUCUCCUCCAUCCAGUGUAUCUGCCACGUGAUCAAACAAGGUCGCUGCACGCUGGUGACAACCCUCCAGAUGUUCAAGAUCCUCGCGCUGAACGCCCUGAUUUUAGCCUACAGCCAGAGCGUCCUCUAUUUGGAAGGGGUGAAGUUCAGUGACUUCCAGGCCACUCUGCAGGGGCUGCUGCUGGCUGGCUGCUUCCUUUUCAUCUCCAGGUCGAAGCCUUUGAAGACUCUGUCCAAGGAGCGCCCCCUGCCGAACAUCUUCAACCUGUACACGGUGCUGACGGUGCUGCUGCAGUUCCUGGUGCAUUUCCUCAGCCUGGUUUACCUGUACCACGGUGCACAGGUGCGCAGUGCUUCCAAACGGGAAGAGUUUGUGGAUCUAUACAAGGAGUUUGAGCCCAGCCUCGUCAACAGCACCGUGUACAUCAUGUCAAUGGCGAUGCAGAUGGCCACGUUUGCUAUCAACUACAAGGGCCAUCCCUUCAUGGAGAGCCUGCAGGAAAACAAACCUCUGCUGUGGAGCAUCAUCCUCUCAGGGUUGGCCAUCGUGGGGCUGCUCACGGGUUCGUCUCCGGAGUUCAAUGAACAGUUUGGGCUGGUGGAAAUCCCUACCGAGUUCAAGCUGGUCAUCACGGAGGUGCUGCUGGCCGACUUCUUCCUGGCCUUGUUGGCCGACCGCAUCCUUCAGUUCCUGCUGGGGAGAGCAAAACUCAAAGUGCCUUCGUGAACGUCAAGGACCCAGCUGGGGGGGCACCCCGUAAUGAAAUCACCCUGAUGAUUUGAGAGCGAUUCUUGAGCUCUGGGAGAAGUUUCUUCCCAUCUCGUGUGGAAAAAUCACCUCCGUGCAAUGACUUUUUUUGGUGUUCCCAGGACGUAGAACCUGCUGGUUGGUUUUUGUACUGCCCCGCUCCAGGAGACGUUUACAGUCUUUGGUAACGAAAAAGAAAUCAAGCCCGAUGUAUUUUGAAA